AUGGCAAUCGGUCUGCUGGUCCUGUUGGUCCUCAUGGUGUCCAAAGUGGACGCAGAUGACGUCAGCUAUCUGCAGAAAGAGACCACGGCACUGAAAUUAAAGAUUGAUCUUCUCUCCAAACGAGUUUUUUUCAAGGCGACAUUUCAAGAUCCCAUAGCAUCGUGUAAAGGAGACCAAGCGGUCAUCUUCGACAGCGCGCAGACAAACGUGGGCAACGCCUACAGCUCUACCUCCGGGGUCUUCACGGCUCCUUUCCGCGGGGACUACGUCUUCGCUUAUCAAACCUUCUCUUAUGGCGGUGCUGAUAUCAGCUGGGAUUUGUACAUCAAUGACCAGAUGGCGCUGCGAGCUCGAUCUCGGACUUCAGACGACACUAGUAACGAGAGUGUGCUGCCCGUCACUCUACAGGCCGGAGACCGGGUGUAUGUCAAGAGUCAUCUCGAUUUGACAUUUUAUGGACGGAACCAUAGCUUUUUUGCCGGGUGGCUUGUCACGGCAUUUUAG